AUGAGCGGACCCUACGACCACGGCAUGAAUGUGCCAGUGCCUAAUAUGAUGGAUCCAGGCUAUUCGGUCUAUGAUGGCCGAUUUAACACAGGAUACCCCAGAAUAUCAGGUCCUCAGACACAUUUCGACGGUGGGGCAUUUUGGUAUAAUCCCAACAACGCCGAACCCCUCUACGACAGAGAGGCGAGCCUUUACAGCGGGCGUGGUGUGGCUCUUCCGGCGACAGGCAUGGAGGCUACGGGUAUCAAGCACAGGAGAACUCGUAGCGGCUGCUUCACUUGUCGCAGCAGAAGGGUGAAGUGCGACGAGACUAAGCCCAUUUGUGACAGGUGUAAGAAAGGUAAUCGUGACUGCGAGUUCCCACAGCCCACAUCCACGUCCAAGCGCGUAAAGCAAGGCGAAAGUCGCAGCCCAAAGGACCAAACAUCAAAGCAUGAGCUUAAAGAAGAGACCAUGUCGGGAUUAGCUACAAUCAAAGAUGAAACCGAGGACGAAGAUGAGCCGGCCUCCACAACAGAGCGCCCACCACUUCUUCAGCGUCGAACAGACAGUGCUCAAUCAGUGAGCCAAGUCAUUAAAUCGAAGACCGCGCCAGACACACCUCCAACCGGCAGGGACCAAGCCAGCCCCCAAUCCACAGAUGUGUCAGAGUCUUGCUCAAGAGAUGAAACACCUGCGUCUUCCCUGCGCACGAUCGCCAACUCGGCCGAGAUGCAAGCUCGGCAAGCGAAAAUAAGGUCUCUGAAACCUGAUAUUCAAAAAUAUCUCCAGUUUCAGCAGGAAUAUAUGACAUAUUACCACUAUUUUUAUAAGUUGGACCCUACCGACUUUGUCCAUGGCGAGUUUAUCGACCUUGCUUUGAGCUACGAGCCAUUACUCUAUGCCGUUGUGGGCUUCGCAGCCUACCACUAUGAGUUACAACAACCAAACCCCAAAUUGUCACACUUCCUAGGUUACCAUAGCAAGUCUUUGUCCAUGCUCCGGAAAUCCUUGGAGAAAAAUGCGAAAGUGACCGAAGCCACCCUGCUCACCGUGUUGCAACUAGCGACUUUUGAAGAAUAUAUCGGGGAUUGGGUCAACCUUGUGGGACACCAUCGCGCAGCUCACAGCAUGGUCCGCGAGCUGUUCCAGCAUGAAACGAUGAUGGACACCGAUCUCGGAAGACGCAUCUUCAGCUGGUGUGCGCGACUAGAUGUCAUUGUUGGGCUUAUGGCAGGAAACGAGACGCGGCUAGAUCGGCAGUGGUUUGUCGCAAACAUUACCUGGUAUCGCGACCAAAUCGACCCUGAUCCAAAAGGUGACGUGGAUAUUGAGAACACGCUGGCAUAUUUCGUGGCUGCAAAUCGCCUAAUCGGAAUGGACAUGGCAUCACUCUUGGCCAAAUUCUCCAAGCAAGAAAUCAGCGUCGAAGUGUUCAAGGCAGAAAACGCCGAGAUUGCAAAGAGACUUGAUGAUAUGAAACGCCAGAUCGAAUUAUUAAAUGAUGACUACUACAGGGUGCAAGAAUUUCCCGUGGAGAAGACUCGCCCGCUGACGCCAGAUGACAUUGUGAAUCCAUACACUCCCGGUGGACUAUUCAAGGACGCCCUAUGGCCGCUAAAUUUCAUGUGGCUCGACUGGUAUGGCAUCGAACAAAUGCAGAGGUACCAGACCGCAAUUAUGCUCCAGCAACCGAUACCCCCAGAACUAGAGCAAAUAAGUCUGGAACAGUGUCGAAUUUACGAAGCAAUCGAACGAUGGCCAGAUGCUCCAAACGGCGCAAUCCUCGGGGCGCAUGCAAGUUUAGGUCUUGCCACUGUCUUUCUAAAGAAGGAUGCCAGACAUACCAUGUGGGCGAGAAGAAAACUCGCUGCAGUCGAAAGACUGGGCUAUGUUUUCCCUCCAACUUUUCGAAGAAAAAUGGCCGAAAUGUGGGGUCUGACGCGCAGUUUAUCUGGAGAAGAUGAAGCGGUGGAAGACUGGUGGCUACCGAACAACGAAGGAAAUAUACCGAUGUUGGCAGAGAUUCGCAGAGUAGUGAGUGACCGACACGAGAAUGACACGAUGACGAGCAUGGAAUCUCUUGCCAGUGUCAGGGACUUGAAGGCCAUUUUCGCCAAGCUGGAUAUUCGAACACAGUCAACCACGAUACCGGGAUCCACGACCGAGAGCCUGAGUCCUCUGAGUGACGAAAGUGCUGUGAAUAGUGACAGAGGGAGCAAUGCCAGUUUCAGUCCGACCAGUUUCAGUCCGACCAGCGGUAGCUUUGGAGACAGUCGCAGCGGCAGUAUUUCCGGACAAGCGCAAGGAAACGGCCAGAAAUGGAGGCCGAAACACGCCCAUUCAAAGCCAUGA